AUGAGAACAGAAGAUUCCGAAUGGGAGAGGUCAGGAGUUCUCCGAGUCACACUUCACGUGAGCAGCGCAGAACACUGCCUCGAUACGGUGUCUGAGAAGCCCCAGAGAAACCCGUCUGUACAAAAACCCUUCCCUUUCACACUACCACACACAGAAAUUCCUACUGUUUCAAUUCACGUGUCAAAAAUGAGCUUCCUUCGAAGGGCGGCAGAGGCACCCAGUGGAGACUUGCUCAAGGCACCACCUAAGUGCGUUUUUACUCUAUUGAUUUUACUGCCCUUGCCUAUCAUCCUCCGCAACAAGCCUAUGAGAACUGAAGUAGUGGUCUUCUUAUAUGUAUGCCAUUUGCUGAAUGUCCCAGCUGUACAAGCUGGUCAUGUCAGUUUGUCAGGAUACGAUGCCCCUUGCCUUCAUACCUGUGCCCAAAUGCUCACCCAAGUGCCCUGGCUGCACGCGUUUGAGGUGGUUAAGACGGGAUAUGAGUAUGAUAUUGUUAAGUGCGGCCUGAGGAAGUUGGAGAAUGUCAGUUAUGGGGAAUUAGCCUAUGCAGGAGCAGCUGUCUUUCUAAAAAGCAAAGCAGAAGGUUCUUCACCUCCAGGUUCAUGUCGCUUAAGAGCUCAUCCAUGCUAUAACCCCCAAGAAAUUGGGCAGCUUACUGCCCAAUUCAAAGGUGCAGAGGCCUUCGGAGUUUCUUCUUACUUUCUCUGUGACAUGGCACCAAUUAGCAAACGUAAUUGCAAUUUGAUUGAUGCCUUCCCAGCCUCAUCAUUUCAUCUUGCGUUUUGUCUUUUCCAGGAAGCAGAAUGUGCCUACACACUCUUCGUCGUUGCCGUAUUUUGGCUUACGGAAGCUUUGCCUCUGUCAGUUACAGCUUUGCUGCCUGGUUUGAUGUUCCCAUUGUUUGGAAUCAUGCCUUCUAAGAAGGUGGCAUCCGCUUAUUUCAAAGAUUUUCACCUACUGCUAAUUGGAGUCAUUUGUUUAGCAACAUCAAUAGAAAAAUGGAACUUGCACAAAAGGAUUGCUUUGAGAAUGGUCAUGAUGGUGGGUGUGAACCCAGCAUGGCUGGCAUUGGGGUUCAUGACCAGUACUGCCUUCUUAUCUAUGUGGCUUAGCAACACCUCAACUACUGCCAUGGUGAUGCCCAUUGUGGAGGCUGUGGCACAGCAGAUCAUCAGUGCUGAAGCAGAGGUCGAAGCCACUCAGAUGACUUAUUUCAGUGGAUCAACCAAUCAUGGACUGGAAAUAGAUGAAUGUGUUAAUGGACAUGAAGCAAAUGAGAAGAAAGAGAAAAUAAAAUCAGUUCCAAGACACAGUAAUGAUGCAGGGAAAAUUUCAAGCAAGGUGGAGUUGGAAAAGAAUACAGUCACAGGAACCAAAUAUCGAACAAAGAAGGACCACAUGAUGUGUAAACUUAUGUGUUUGUGCAUUGCUUAUUCUUCUACCAUUGGUGGCCUGACAACAAUCACUGGUACCUCCACCAACUUGAUCUUCGCUGAGCAUUUCAAUAUGCGCUACCCUGAAUGUCAUUGCAUCAACUUUGGAUCGUGGUUUAUGCUGUCCUUCCCAGCUGCUGUUGUUAUUUUGCUCUUGUCCUGGAUCUGGCUUCAGUGGCUUUUCCUGGGAUUCAAUUUUAAGGAGAUGUUUAAAUGUGGCAAGACCAAAACAGUGGAACAAAAAGCUUGUGCUGAGGUGAUUAAACAAGAAUACCAAAAACUUGGACCAAUAAGGUCUCAGGAAAUUGUGACCUUGGUGCUCUUCAUUGUAAUGGCCUUGCUAUGGUUUAGCCGAGAUCCUGGGUUUGUUUCUGGUUGGUCUGCACUUUUUUCAGAGUAUCCCGGUUUUGCUACAGAUUCAACUGUUGCCUUACUCGUAGGACUCCUAUUCUUUCUUAUCCCAGCUAAGAUAUUGACUAAAACUACACCUGCAGGAGAAAUUGUUGCGUUUGACUACUCUCCUCUGAUUACUUGGAAAGAAUUCCAGUCGUUCAUGCCCUGGAAUAUAGCCAUUCUUGUCGGUGGAGGGUUUGCCUUGGCAGAUGGCUGUGAGGAAUCAGGACUAUCUAAGUGGAUAGGAAAUAAAUUAUCUCCUCUUGGUUCAUUACCAUUAUGGCUAAUAAUUCUGAUAUCUUCUUUGCUUGUCACAUCUUUAACAGAGGUAGCCAGCAAUCCAGCUACCAUUACGCUUCUUCUACCAAUAUUAUCUCCAUUGGCUGAAGCCAUUCACGUGAACCCUCUUUAUAUUUUAAUACCUUCUACUCUAUGUACAUCAUUUGCAUUCCUCCUACCAGUAGCAAAUCCACCUAAUGCUAUAGUUUUUUCAUAUGGCCAUCUAAAAGUUAUUGACAUGGUUAAAGCUGGACUUGGCGUUAAUAUUGUGGGUGUUGCUGUGGUGAUGCUUGGUAUGUUCACCUGGAUUGUGCCUAUAUUUGACCUCAAUUCUUACCCUUCUUGGGCUCCCUCAAUAAGUAAUGAUACCGGGCCAUGACAAGCACAAAUCUCUGACCAUCCUGUGGUGAGUUUUGGGAAGCUUUAAGAAUUCACUGCAAAAUUUAGCUCCGAAAAACUGAUGACACAUUUAAUUCCACCUGGUGUAGCUGCUGCAAUUCCAGUGAGCACCCAAAACUUGCUGACAUAACUCAGAAUCCGCAUUUCCUUUGAGAUGCAACCAAAGAGCAUCUACGUGCCUUCCUUCAUCAAGAAACCCAUGGUUGUGAUUUUGCUCAUG